AAACCUGGCAGCCAUACUGUGACAGCGUCUGGCCAAGAGAAAGAAUGGACAUCUGCUGUCUCCCUGUGCCCAGGUCCUCAUCUACCCAGCUUUGCAGAUGACAGAUUUCAACCUGCCUUCAUACCAGCAGAAUCAUGCUGGGCCCAUAUUGUUCUGUGGCCGGAUGGCAUUCUACUUCCUGCAGUAUCUCAACGGGGACACGUCAGUGUGCCAGGAUGUGCUGGAGGGGAACCACAUCCAUGCUGAGAUGAGGCUGGCCUUCAAGGAGUGGUUUUCCCCAGAACACCUCCCUCCUGAGUGUAGGGUGCGGUGCCACCGCCAGCAUGUACACUCAGACUUAGACUACAACAAGGAGGUGUACCACAAAAUCAAAGACCGUCUGGAUCCGGAGGUGUCCCCGCUCCUGGAGGAUGACACAUUUAUUCGUCUGACCCCACCGGCCUUUAUCCUGACCUGUGUGUACGACAUGCUGAGGGAUGUUGGGAUCCUGUACAGGAAGUGGCUGCUGGACCUGGAACUGGAAGUCACAUGGCAUCACAUGCCAGACCGCUUCCUUAGACUAAUGGAAUAAAAAAAAUAGGCUGGUUAACCUUCCCAUCUGCAACAUAGGCUGUAGAUAUAACUUUAAACUACGUAAAAACGUAUAAAAAUUAUAUAGGGAUUAUUUCGAGAUUAGAUCUUUCAUGUUCCUGGCAAGUGACUUUGUUCUUUUUACAGGCAAAGCUAAUAAACUCCUACACAGCUUAGUACAUAUUUUACUCUUAUUUUAAUCAGUUAAGGCAUUCAUUUUAAUUUCUACAGAAAGAUGCAUCCAAUUAUAUUCAUUACGAUUUAA